AUGGAACCUAUAGCGGCUAUAAAUACAGAUAUUAAGGAUCCCUCACAUGACAUAGAUAAAGAAAUAACAGAUUUAGAAAAUCUGAUAAGAAAGCUCCAGACUGAAAUAUUUGAAAUGAGUCAAAAUGCAAGCAAGCCUCUAGAGGAAUACAUUCCCAAUUUCGAAGAAUACAAUAAUACAUCCAGUGACACAAGGGCAGAUAUGUUUAAUAAACCACAAAGUAAACCGAAUGAUUCCAUUGAUAGCGUUAGAGUGACUUUCAAAAAGUUAUGGAAUGAUUCAAGUUCAGCUACUACCAGUAAUACAACAGAACAAAAUGUCAAAAAUGAUUCAAAAAAAGAGUUGCAGGGCAAAACUGGUAACAAAUAUUUUGAUGAUGAUUUUAACUUUAAUUUCAAUGUCAGCAUACUCAAAGAUUAUAUAGAUGCCAACAAAAAAGAUUUUGAACAGUUGGAAAACAAGAAUAACGAUUUACCGAAAAAUAUAGAUGAAAACGAAUCAAAGCCUCUCAAUGAUGAGCAAAACGAACCAAAGACACCAAUCAGAGAUGAGAAGAUAUCGGACCAGCCAGUCAAUAAUAAUACGAAAUUUGGUUUACUCAUGCGUGUUUUUGGUAAUACAAGUACAUCUGAUGAAAAAGUUGGUAUUGAAUCAUCAAGUGCAGGUAGUAUUGGUCGAAAAAUUCUUGAAGCUCUACAUAUAAAUAAGUCGAAAAGUGAGCCUUCAAAUAAUAUGAGUAGUAAAAAGUCUGAUACAUCUUCUCUUGGUGACUCUUCAAUGAAUACAACAUCUAUUAUUCCUAAAGUUAAACCAUAUGUAUCUGAAAAUGUGAUAAGUAAGGAUUAUGGAGAAGUAAACACUAAUAAUGAUUUUGUUACAUCAAAAAAUCAUUUAAACCACAUUAAUAUUCAGAAUUCUGAAACACCUCAACCUUCAAACGCGAAUAGAAAUGAAAGUAGUUCUAUGCAAAAAGACUUAAAAGAUGAGAAUAUCCAAGAUAAGUAUCUACAUUCACAUAGUAUUAGUAACUUUAUAAAACCAGAAAAGGACUGUAAAAAACAGUCAAAUAAAGCUUUAGUGAACAAGAAUGAUGAUUCUGAAACACCGCUUCCUCAAAAAGUAAGCAUUAUUAACAUAUAUAUCGAUUUACCGAAACAAGAUAACAGCAAACAAAAUGGACAACAAGAAGAUAUUACCAAAACAGUUGUUCUUAAGCCACCAAAAAGUAAAACGUCUGUACCUUCUAUAAAACUAGGAGUUUCAAAAGAGAACAUUCAAAUAAAACAAGAUUCGGACGCUUAUGAAAAGUCACCUAAAACUAGCAAUUCUGAUAUUUCUCAGACUGAGAACCAAGCGAGAGUAAAUGACCUCAAAUGUCAUGAAAUCAAAAAGAGUAACACAUUAUUCGACAUGGCUUCCAGAUUUUUAAAUAGCGAUACUAUCAAAGAUCACAAUAUAGAGCCAGAACACAUGAAAAAUUCAAAAAGUUCUUUAAAUACUCCAGUGCAACCAAUAAAAGAUCUAACCAAGUUUCCUACAGAUACUAAAACUGUUACAUGUAACGAAGGGAGGGAUUUAUCGAAUGAUUUCCAUCACAAAAGUGAUUGUAACGUAAAUGAUCACAAGAGCAGUCUUCCUAAGCUAGAUGAGAACGUUAGUAAGAAAGAAAUAUUUAGUGAAGGACCAAUUGUAACAGUGGAGGUUAAUCAAGUAGCAGAAACGUUGAAGAAUAAUGCUGACAUAACCAAUCUUGUGUCCCAAAAUAUUAAUAACGAAACGAAAAAAGGAACUAAAACAGUUAGUCUUACAAUUAUUGAACCUGAAGAAGAUGUCACGUCUAAAAACCAACUUAACGAGGCAAAUAAGAACACGGUACAAGAUAACUCACUUUCCACUGAUCGUAAUCAAAUAAAUGCAAAUGAAAGUGUUGAGAAUGUGAGCUUUGAGAAUGAAGACUUUACUGAUGAGUACGAAAGUCUAGCUGACGACGACGAAAAUGAAUCUCUUUUUGAAGACAGUUUUCACAAUGACCAUCCAAUUAUCAUAAACAACACUCACAUCACAAUAAAUAAUGGAGACAAUCAAAGCGAUGUAUUCGAGGACUCUCAAGAUUUCACACGUGAAGCUGUGCCGAUGGACCCGAAGAGAAUAAAAAAAGUAAAUAAAUGA